CAUCGCUUCAACUCUUUCUUCUCGCUCCAUUUCAGCCGCUGCUGCUUGUUUCUCACAAACGCGCUUCCAUUCUUCUUGUUCCUCUUCUUCUUCUUCUUCGUCAUCAUCAUCCUCCUCCGCUUCAAAACCCACCUCGUGGCGCAACAUGGCCGAAAAGGACAUCACAAAGUACCUCCAGCAGAGCCACGACCGGCUGUUCGUCAACAACCGCGAGUGGGCUGAGAACAAGGCCAAGGUCAACCCCGACUUCUUCAAGAACCUCGUUGCCGGCCAGGCUCCCGAGUACCUCUGGAUCGGAUGCGCCGACUCGCGCAUCCCCGCCGAGCAGAUCUGCGGCCUCGAGCCCGGCGAGGCAUUUAUCCACCGCAACAUCGCCAACCUCGUCUGCAACACUGACCUCAACGCCAUGGGCGUCAUCAACUACGCCGUCAAGCACCUCGGCGUCAAGCACAUCAUCGUCUGCGGCCACUACGGCUGCGGCGGUGUCAAGGCCGCCAUGACACCCCAGGACCUGGGUCUGCUGAACCCCUGGCUGCGAAACAUCCGCGACGUGUACCGCCUUCACGAGAAGGAGCUCGAUGCCAUUGCCGACGAGAGCGAGCGAUAUGACCGGCUCGUCGAGCUCAACGUCAUUGAGCAAUGCCGCAACGUCAUCAAGUCUGCCGACGUUCAACAGUCAUGGCACGAGAACAAGUACCCCAUCGUUCACGGAUGGGUGUUUGGGUUCAAGGACGGUCUGCUCAAGGAUCUUAAGAUUGACUUUGAGGCGGUGCUGGGCGAUAUCCAAAAGAUUUACAACCUUGUUGACAAGAAAUAAUUGGGGGGUGGAGCGAAUUGGCGUUGAUAGAAUGAGAAUUACAAUACCGUUUCAAUGU